AUGGGCUGCAGUGAUGUUGUGCUGGAAUCUGACUCAGCCGUUGCAGUGCAUCUUCUCAAUAAAGCUGUGGAUGCCUUCCACCCUCUUGCUACAUUGUUAUGGGGCUGCCAGAACUACAUCAAAAAAUGUUGGGGCUGCUCUAUUUAUCAUGUCUAUCGUGAAUGCAAUAUGGUGGCUGAUAGACUUGCUAACUUGGGCUCUUGCCUUGAUUUGGGUCUAUGUACCUUUCAUGUGCUUCCCGACAGUAUUAGGUCCUCUGUUGUUGAUGACCUGCGUGGUCUCUGUAGGCCUUGGACUGUAGUUUAG